AUGGAGUCAUAUCAGAAAGACUCAAUGAGAAGAACUGGGAGAAACAGCAAGACUUUCCCUCAAGGUCACUUUUACAGGGGAGUCCAUGGAGGAGGCAGAGACACUCCUAUCCCAGCUCAGCCUGGUAGAGAUGCUAAAAUGAUCCGCUCCAUUGCCAGUCUAAUCAGAGCGGAUAGCAAACUCCUCCUCCUAGAGAAUCCUGAUACUGUGGAGAUCUACAAGCUGGAUGAGCCAACAACUGGUUCGACCAGGGUUGGUAGAGACAAUUACCUCCCAGCCAUCAUCUCCAGGGCUUCAAGUCUAAACUCAAUCAAAGAUGCUCUGAGGCAGUCCUGUCCUUAUUUGUAUGACAAGCGAAGGGGUUCGUUCUCCUCAGUUGCCUCGCAGAGAACAGCGGGUCACACUAAAAAUCAGCAGAGUAACCUAAAGGCACAAAGAGAAGCAAAGAAAUCCAAUGUCACUGUGACAAUGACCUACCUGGGACAAGGUCAUUGGCGGUCAGGGUUGGGGUCAACGCAGGAUGAACUGAAGAUCCUCCAGCAAGUCAGUGGAGGGGAGAAUAUCUGUGUCUUCAAGGGCUUGGUGACUCCAGGAGAGCAGUUCCAGUUUGUCUCCCAGAGACACAGAGGUUACCCCUUCAGCGCUACCUUGUACGUUAACGGCAUCAUGGUGGCUAGGAUCAGCUCCUGCUGUGAGUACCGCUAUGCUCCCGGCUUCCAGCAGGGCAGGAAGAGCUACUUCAGGUUGGCCUGGCUGUCUGGUGGGGUGCCCUGUUACAGAUGUACAAGUCUUCGAAACAAAUACAGCUCCUGCCAGCAACUGAACAAUGGCACAAAGGAGAACUUAAUUCUCCCUCUUGAGCAGGGCCCUGGCAAUGGCCCUGUCAAGUCACAUCCAUCAUCCCCUUUGUUCGUCCCAGCCAAACCAGAAAAGAAAUCAGUGAGGAGGAUGAGAAAAGUCAUCAAGGAAGGUGGUGGAGAAUCUACAGACAGCGAAGACCACACUGUAGUCAGGAUUAAAGAGACCUCCAAGAAGAAACGACGGAAGGGUCAAACUAAUCAGAAAGAGAGCAAUGGCAAGACAGCCAGAAGUAACGGAGGGGAAGAGGGACAAGACAGCAAGGCCUCGGAGAUCUCACAGACGUCAAGAGUAACCGAUAAAUGUGACACCCAAGCACUGUCUUCAAGACAAGACCUUAAACAGCUAAAAACAACCAGCGAUGCCACAGCACUGCAGACAGAGCAGCCACAAUCUAAAAAGACCAGCAAAGUACUUGAUUCAUUGCAGGGUGAAGAAGCACUGACUAAGCAGAAUGGAAAGAAACUGAAGGACCUGGGAUCAAAUGGGAAAAACAGAGAUGGGGAAAGACUGAGGGAUUUCUAUGAAGAAUGUGUGGAAAUGAGCACCACACUGGAGCAGGGCCCAAACAAACACAACUGGUUCAAGGCAAACAUUCUGGAGAGGUGCCGGCUCCAGAAGAAGCUUUCAUCAUGCCCCAAAGCUUCAAGCUCAGAUGUAGAGCUCAGCGCAGAGAGUGACACCAUCCUGCAGCCCGAGGAAGAGGAGGACAGGGCCAGUAAGAGCACUGGCAAAGAAGACCCUAUUAAAGAACAAGACCUGCAGGCACAGCUGGACACCAUGAUGAUGGUACUGAGUACAUCCCAUGAGGUGGGGCAGCUGGUUCUGAGGAACACAGAGCUGACUGACGAUCUCCUACUGAGCUUGGCGGGAGCGCUUAAGAGCAGUGUGUCUGAGGUCACGCUGCUCAACCUCAACCUCAACCUCAUUGGCCCAUAUGGUGCUUACAUCCUGCUGGACAUUCUGAGAGCGAAGCCUCAGAUCAAAGGCUUACACUUGUUUGGAAACAAACUGCGUGACCAUGGAAUGUUGUCCCUGUUGAAUGGAAUAGCUGAGCUGCAGGAACAAACAGCAAGAGCGGCUGCUGCCUUCCAACAGGCCAUGCUUUGCCCCUCAGAGCACAAUAUUGUUCCACAUCUCCCCACUGGGUGGAGCUCGUUUAAGGUUUUUGCACUUCUAGAACUGGAUAUUGGGGGAAAUGGCUUGAGCAGUGAGGGGGUAAAGGUGUUAGCGUCAUAUAUGAGGCACUACUCACACCUUCACUACUUAGGGCUUGCGCAGACCAGUGGGGCUGAUUUGGCGGCAUGGAAGGAACUUUUUGACAGCCUCAAAGAAAACAGCUCGUUGACUCGGAUCAUCCUAGACGAGAACAACUUGGGAGACCCUGGGGUCAGGCUGCUGGCCGAUGUGCUGAAAGAGAACAUGAGUCUGCAGAAGGUAGAUUUGGAUGGAAACGGCAUCAGUGACGUAGGAGGAAAUGACCUCAUGGGGGCGCUGCUCUGUAGGAUGUCGUUUCCACUGAGGCAUUUGAGCCUACAGGAGAACUACAUCAGUGAAGCACUACUGAGCAGGAUACAGGAGGAGGUCAAACCUAAAUGAGUCUUGCAGGAGUGGGAGAAUACACUUACAAACUGUGAGACCCUAUGUGAUAUAAUAAACAAAGCACUGACUUAAGGAUUCACAUGGUGCUUUGUUUACAUUUUGAGGUCAGAGAGGGGAAAACCUGACUCAUUUGACUUGUUUGACCUAUAAACACAUACACACAAAGGUUGCUUCCUUCCUAUUAG